AAUAAUACCUAUCUUUGCAUAUUUAACUUCUGACGAGAUGUUGCAUAUGCUAGUAAAGGGCUUACCCCCUUAACGCAGCCGACUAGUACCGGGGAUCUGGUAACAGUUGGGGACAGCUUCAGGCAUCCUUGGCCUCUAUAGUCAUUCGCAGGCCUGUGAGUUCACAUGACUACUAUCCAUGGUCUUCGUAGCCAACAUAUAUAAGUUGGUUUCAUGUCUCAGGACGAACUGUUUGUUCGGUCUCAGGUUUAUCUCACCUUUUCCUAUCAUUAUUGAGUGAUCAAAGAUAGAAUACUACGUAACUCGAAGGAUUGACCACUAUCGUUACACCCGCAUCCACGUCCCCGAACUCAGCACAAGCCGCCAUGGACGCGGUUACCAAGUGUUUCAGUUCGCCAAACGAGUCAACGACCACAGCGGUUGUUGUCACCACCGUAGUCACCACCUUGGCGAUAGCCUCGCUCACGCGUUUUGCGCUCUGGCCGCGCAAGCCCGAGAUAAUCAAAGGCGCUCUCACCACAAGCGUACCGAGACUGUCCAAGGAUGAGCUGGCUAAAGCUGCAUAUCGGAUAGACCAUUUCCCUGGAGCAAGAGAUGUUGCCACCCCAUAUGGUAACAUAAGAGUCUAUGAGUUUGGCCCUGAGCAGGGGCGAAAGGUCCUCUUCAUUCAUGGCAUCAGCACGUCAUGCAUGACGCUAUCGGAUAUCGCGAACUCACUAGUAGAAAAAGGAUGUCGUGUGAUGAUGUUCGACUUGUUCGGGCGCGGAUACAGCGAUGCGCCUGGUGAUCUACCAUAUGACACACGGUUGUUCGUGUCGCAAAUCCUACUCGUCCUUGCGUCUUCACCACUGUCAUGGACGGGAAACAAUGCAUUCAGUCUCAUCGGAUACUCUCUAGGUGGCGGUAUCGCGGUUAACUUUGCCGCCACUUUCCCAGAUAUGGUCGAGUCUCUCAUCUUGCUCGCACCCGCGGGAAUGAUUCGCCCAGAAAAUAUCGGUCGCUUGAGUAGGCUGAUCUUCACGUCAGGGCUCGUCCCUGAGCGUCUCCUAGCUUGGAUGACUAAAAGCCGGCUUCGUUCUCCUAUUGACAACGCUGUUUCGAAGAAGCGGUCCACAGCAACCAAAGCGCUAUCGCCUGCCGAAGAUAAGGAAGACUUCGUUGACGUCGCAGUGCAAGAGGCAGUAGAUCCACCUACACAACAAAACCCAACACCUUUCGAGCUUGAGGUAGUCAGCUUCGUCCACUGGUCCCUUGAUUAUAACGAGGGUUUCGUUCCGGCAAUGAUGUCGACCAUUCGAUACGCACCCCUCAUGGAACAACAAGAGUAUUGGAGACUGCUCGCUAAGCGGAAGCCUGGGACCACAGCCGUACUGAUAGGACAUGAUGAUAACCUUAUACAGCGCGAAGAUUAUGAGGAAGACGCUUUGCCCUUAAUAGGAGGUAAGGAUAACGUGUUUUGGCGCAUCGUACCAGGCGCGCACAACUUUCCAUUCACACAUCCUUCAUCUGCGCUGAAAGCAAUCUAUGAGUUUUGGGGUAUGAGCUAAAGGCCGAAACGAUCUGGGAUGAGACUCGGUCAGCGGUUUCCUGGCGUUGCAGGGGCAUGUCGCAUCAUUAAACGUACUUGGGAAUAGAAUAGAUUAUGAGCGGGGGGGCGAUAGAAGUUCACAGUGAAUUAGAAGCAAGACGGGGAAAGAUGAGAAGGUCUCAUUAGAUCGUAGGUGGUUUUAUUCAUACAGAACACAGCCCUCCCAUUAUAGAAUCAUCAAUAGAUACAAAUUAAUUUAAGGAA